GUGGCGGAGGGGAAGCGGCGCCGCUGAGGGGCCCGAGCGGGACCGGGAUCGGAACCGGGAUCGGGAAUUGGGAACGGGAACCGGGAUCGGCAACCGGGAUCGGGACCGGCAGCGGCCGCGGGGAGCGCCCCCGCGCGCAGCUCCAGCCCAGCCAUGGGGGACAUGAAGACGCCGGAUUUCGACGACCUGCUGGCCGCCUUCGACAUCCCGGACAUCGACGCCAACGAGGCGAUCCAGUCGCACCAGGAGGAGCCCGAGGCGCCCGGGAAGGCGCUGCCGGGGGAGCCGGGCCCCGGUGCCGCCGCGGCCGAGCCCGCGCUGCCGCACGCCGACAUCUCGGCCGUCAGCGUCAUCGUCAAGAACACCGUGUGCCCCGAGCAGGCCGAGCCCAAGGACGGCCACGGCCACGGGCACGGGCACGGGCACGGGCUGGCGCCGCGGCUGCUGCAGAACGGCUUCGGCGCCGAGGGCGCCCGGCCCGCCGAGCCCGCCCCGAACGGCGACUGCUGGGCCAAGGAGAAGGCGGCCAAGGGGCUGGAGCUCUUCUCGCCCUUCGGCCCCGAGCCCGGCCAGGACGGCGCCAACCUCAUCGACCGCGCCCGCGACGGCAAGGCCAAGGACAAGGCGGCGGCCGCGGCCCCCGGUGCCGGCUGCAAGGAGCCGCUGGGGGACGGCCCCGAGGGGCUGCAGCCGCCCUUCCCGGCGCCCUUCCGGGCCGGGGAUGGAGCCCACCCUGUCCCCUGCAUCAAGAAGGAGGAGUCGGACCCGGAGGAGGCUCCGGGCCGCGGCUGCAGCCCCAAGGGGCUGGCGCUGGAUCACCUCAAGUCCGUCACCGUCCGGUACCCGGCCGGGGGCUCGCCCGCGGCGCCGUGGCCGGGAGCGGAGCCGGCGGCGCUGGACGGCGGCCCCGGCCCCGGGGCUGAGCUCAAGCGCUCGCCCGGGAGCCCCCGGGAGCCGUUCCCGUCCCCGGGAGUGCCCGCGCCGCCCUCGCCCAAGCCGCUCUCCCUGAAGGAGGAGCACGAGGCGCUGGGGAAGGGCGUGGGGAGCCCCCCGAGCGUGUCCAGCGCCGAGGACGAGGAGGAGGAGGAGGAGGAGGAGGAAAGCACCAACUCGCCGUCGUCCAGCUCCUCGCGGCCGCUCAAGGUGCGCAUCAAAACCAUCAAAACCUCCUGCGGCAGCAUCACCAGGACGGUCACCAGGGUGUCCUCGGACUCGGAGCCGCCCUCGGGCAAAGCGCCCGGCGAGCAGAGCUCCCAGGAGCCCCCGGAGGGUCCCGCCGGCGGCCCCGCGGAGGCGGCCAAGGAGAGGUCGGAGCUCUCGAGCCCCCUGAGGAGCGCGGAGGGGCCCAAAGUCGUCAGCGUGCAGCUGGGCAACGGCACCAAGCUGAAGGGCACCGUGCUGCCCGUGGCCGCCAUCCAGAGCGCCAGCAGCGCCAUGCUCAUCGCCGCCAGCGUGGCGCAGCAGAAAUCCGUGGUGCUGCCCGCCAAGGCCGGCAAGUCCGUGGCCAAGAACAUCCUGAGCCUGGUGCCGCAGCCCCUGCCCAAGGGCGACGCCCGCGCCAACGGCGGCGCCAGGGCCGGCGGCGGCGCCAAGGCCAACGUGGCCGGCACCGUCAUCUCGCGCAGCCAGUCCAGCCUGGUGGAGGCCUUCAACAAGAUCCUCAACAGCAAGAACCUGCUGCCCACCUACAAGCCCAACCUGAGCCCGCCGGCCGAGGCCAGCCUGGCGCUGCCGCCCGCGGGCUUCCGCUGCCUCGAGUGCGGCGACGCCUUCGCGCUGGAGAAGAGCCUGGCGCGGCACUACGACCGGCGCAGCAUGCGCAUCGAGGUCACCUGCAACCACUGCACCAAGCGCCUGGUGUUCUUCAACAAGUGCAGCCUGCUGCUGCACGCGCGCGAGCACAAGGACAAGGGGCUGGUGAUGCAGUGCUCGCACCUGGUGAUGCGCCCCAUCGCCCUGGAGCAGAUGAUCGGGCAGCCCGACGUGACGGCGCUGGCGCCGCUGGCGCUGCCCGCCGCCAGGGCGGCGCCCGAGGGCGGCGCGGGGCCGGAGCUGCUGCCCGUGCUGCCGCUGGGCUCCGAGCCCGGCAGCUACAGCUGCUUCCGCUGCCUCGAGUGCAAGGAGCAGUGCAAGGACAAGGCCGGGCUGGCCGCGCACUUCCAGCAGGCCGGGACGGGCGGCGGCAGCGGCAGCAGCGGCAGCAGCAGCAGCACGGUGUGCUCGGCGUGCCCCAUGAUCCUGGCCAACCGCUGCAGCUUCAGCGCGCACCAGCGCAUGCACCGCAGCCGCCCGCCCCACGUGUGCCCCGAGUGCGGGGGCAACUUCCUGCUGGCCAACUUCGAGUCGCACCUCAAGGAGUCGUGCCUGCACUUCUCGCGCAGGGUGGGCUACAGGUGUCCCAGCUGCUCCGUGGUGUUCGGGGGCGUCAACUCCAUCAAGUCGCACAUCCAGAGCUCGCACUGCGAGGUUUUCCACAAGUGCCCCAUCUGCCCCAUGGCCUUCAAGUCGGCGCCCAGCGCCCACGCCCACGUGUACACGCAGCACCCCGGCUUCAGCAACCAGCAGUCCAAGAUGAUUUACAAGUGUGCCAUGUGUGACACGGUGUUCACGCACAAGCCGCUGCUGUCGUCGCACUUUGAUCAGCACCUGCUGCCCCAGCGCGUCAGCGUCUUCCGCUGCCCGCAGUGCCCGCUGCUCUUCGCGCAGAAGCGCACCAUGCUGGAGCACCUCAAGAACACGCACCAGGCGCAGCCGUGCCCGGACGAGCCCUCGCGGCGCUCGGGGCCGCUGCCGGCGCCCAAGGCGGAGCCGCCGGAGCCGCCGCGGCGCUCGGGCUCCUCCUCGAGCUCCUCGGAGGAGGAGGAGGAGGAGGAGGAGGCGCCGAGCUCGCCCGAGCUGCGGCGGGCGCGGCGGGGGCGCUUCCCGCGGGGCCGGGCCGGCACCAAGGGCAAGGGCAGCGGCUGGAGCUGCGGGCUGUGCCACGCCUGGUUCCCCGAGCGCGACGAGUACGUGGCGCACAUGAAGAGGGAGCACGGCAAGUCGGUGAAGAAGUUCCCGUGCCACCUGUGCGAGCGCUCCUUCUGCUCGGCGCCGAGCCUGCGGCGCCACGUCCGCGUCAACCACGAGGGCAUCAAGCGCGUCUACCCCUGCCGGUACUGCACGGAGGGGAAGCGCACGUUCAGCAGCCGCCUGAUCCUGGAGAAGCACAUCCAGGUGCGCCACGGCCUCGCCGCCAGCGGCCCCGCCCGCAGCCAGCAGGUGGUGACGGCCCGCGGCCCCCCCGGGCCCGGCCCCGGCCCCGGCCCCGGCCAGGCCCCGGGCCGCCGGCGCAAGCUCUCCUCGGAGGAGUCGUGCAGCGAGGAGCCCGACAGCACCACCCCGCCCGCCAAGAGCCCGCGGGCGCCGCUGCGCUGCCGCAAGUGCGGCUUCGGCGCCGGGAGCCGCGCGGAGCUGCAGGCGCACCUGGCGCAGCACCGCCCGCAGGGGGCGCCCCAGUGCCGCGAGUGCGGCCUCUGCUUCACCUCGGCCAGCGCGCUCGGCCGCCACCGCUUCAUCUCGCACAAGAAGCGCCGCGGGGCCGAGCCCGAGGAGCCCGCGGGGAGCGGGAACGGGAACGGGAGCGGGAGCGGGAACGGAGCCGCCCCCGGCGGGAACGGCGGCAGCAGCGCCGAGGGGAAGCUGGAGUGCAAAGUGUGCGGGAGGCGCUUCGAGAGCCAGCUCAACCUCAAAACGCACUUCAGGACCCACGGGAUGGCCUUCAUCCGGGCCCGGCAGGGCAACGAGGAGAACUGAGAGCCCCUGGGAUUGUCCUGGGAUUCAUCCGGGCCCGGCAGGGCAACGAGGAGAACUGAGAGCCCCUGGGAUUGUCCUGGGAAUGUCCUGGGAUUGUCCUGGGAUUGUCCUGGGAUUGUCCUGGGAUUCAUCCGGGCCCGGCAGGGCAACGAGGAGAACUGAGAGCCCCUGGGAUUCUGGAUUGUCCUGGGAUUCAUCCGGGCCCGGCAGGAAAAGUGAGAACUCCUGGGAAUCCCAGAAUUCCUGGGAUUGCCCUGGGAUCAGCUCUGAGCCCGGGAAUCGCGGCAUUCCCGGAAUUCCGGGAUCAGCCCCGAGGAGAGCUGAGCAUUCCCGGGAAUCUCGGCAUUCCCGGAAUUCCGGGAUCAGCCCCGAGGAGAGCUGAGCAUUCCCGGGAAUCGCGGCAUUCCCGCAAUUCCGGGAUCAGGCCCGAGGAGAGCUGAGCAUUCCCGGGAAUCUCGGCAUUCCCGGAAUUCCGGGAUCAGCCCCGAGGAGAGCUGAGCAUUCCCGGGAAUCUCGGCAUUCCCAGAAUUCCGGGAUCAGCCCCGAGGAGAGCUGAGCAUUCCCGGGAAUCUCGGCAUUCCCGCAGUUCCGGGAUGGCUGCAGGGCCGGAACCGGCGCCGUGUACAUAAAUCCCCCCCGAGCCCUUCCCGGUGUCCGAGGAGGGAAAUUUGGGAUUGGGAUUGGGAUUGGGAUUGGGAUUGGGAUUGGGACGAUCCCCAAUCCCGCCGGGAACCCCUGGGAAUGUUGGAUUUUGGGGGGAUUUGGGGUUUCCGGGACCCCUCCGGGCCCUUCCCAGGAAUUCCCGGAUCCGGACGGGGCGGGUGAAGCUUUUCCAGCAAAAUCCACCUUUUUUGUUAUUAUUUUUGGGGGUUUUUUUGUUUUUUCCUGGAUUUUUUUCCCAGAGGUCCCUGGGAAGGACACUUGGACACUCACUGGACAUUCCCGAGGGAGCAGGAGGAGGAAAAAAGCUGGAAAAAUGAGAGAAAAGAAGGAAAGAGGGGAUUUUCCUUUGGCAAAGGAAUAAUGACCCCAAAAAAGCCCCAGGAUUGGGAAUGGAUCCCCAAUCCCAGCCAGGACCCUUUUCCUGAAGGAAAAAUGGGAAAAUGCUCCCGAAUUCCGGGCUGAGGGUGAGGUUUGGGCCUUUUCCAGCUUUUUUCCAUCUCCUCCCAAGGGAUCCGGGACCUUUCCCACCCCAAUCCCCCCAAAAUCCCCUGGAAAAGCCUCGGCCCCGGAAUUCCCGGAGAAUUCCCGAAUUCCCUGUGGAUUCCCUCCCCUCUCCCUGUAAAGCUGUACCAUACACUAAAAUCCCCAAAUCCCAACAACUGCUGUGCUCCCCCUGGGAUUUGGUUUGGUUUUCCAAGGUUUUUUUCCCGUUUUUUUGCGUUUUUCGGGAUGGCAGAAGCUGCUUUGGGGUUGAUUUUUUUUUUUCCUUUUAUUUUGGAUUUUAAUUCCCGGUUUUUCUGACUUUUUCCAAGCAGGAAUGAGGGGAGUUUCCCCUCCCCUUUUCCCUGCGGGUGGAUGGAUGGAAAAAGGGUGGGAAAAAACUGGGAAAAAUCAGGUGGAAUCGGCCAUUCCCAAAAAUCCCCCAGGCCGGGUGUAAAUAUAGAGAAGAAAUUAAAGUUUCUACGAGAUUUAGAAUGAAAAAAUUCCCAAAAAGAAAAAAACAAACUAUGGAAAAAUGGCUUUGGACCCACGGUUUUCAGCAUUUCAGUGCCUUGAGCUGGAUUGGGGCUGGAGGGAGGGAGGGGCUGGAAUUUCGGGGUUGGAGCCCUGGAAUUUUGGGGAUGUUCCCCCUGGAAUUUCAGGAAUGUUCUCUGGAAUUUUGGGGUUGGACCCCUGGAAUUUCAGGGAUGUUCCCCCUGGAAUUUUGGGGUUGGAGCUCUGGAAUUUUGGGGAUAUUCCCACCUGGAAUUCCAGGGCUGUUCCCCGGGGUUUCAGGGAUUUUGGGAAUGUUCCCCCUGGAAUUUUGGGGUUGGACCCCUGGAAUUUUGGGAAUGUUCCCCCUGGAAUUCUGGGAUUGGACUCCUGAAUUUCGCGGCUGUUCCCCCCUGGAAUUUUGGGGUUGGACCCCUGGAAUUUUGGGAAUGUUCCCCCCUGGAAUUUCGGGAAUGAUCCCCCCAGAAUUCCAGGAAUGUUCCCCCUGGAAUUCCGGGGAUUUCGGGAAUGUUCCCCCUGGAAUUUCGGGAAUGUUUUCCCGGGGGUUUCGGGGAUUUUUGGGGAAUGUGCUGACGGAAAGCCGCGGGCUCGGGAGGCUCUCAGGAAUUCUUUAUUCUGUAGGAAUCGAUUCCAUUAAACUCCAGUGGUUUCA